AUGCGUUUCUGUAUCGCAGUACUUGCAGGCACGGCCGCCGCCGUGCCUGCGCUCUUCACAGUUGCACAAACCGGCAGCCAGACGAAAUUUUCGGCCGUCGACUGCUCGGAGCAUAUGAACAAGGAGAGAGAACCUAUGGGCUUUCCUAAGUUUACUGUCCUAGAUACAUCGACCCCAUCUCCUGAAGUUACAGCAGUCGAUUCCACUCAGCUUUGUGCGAGUAUAAAGGCGGGUACAGAUCCAGGUUUAUGGCUAGCAGACACUGGGUCUGACGUGACUAUAGCAGCAGCAAUUCAAACCUCAACCGAUGGCGACUGUGCAGCAGCAACAAAUCAGUGGAAGGGAGCAUUAAAGACCAUAGGAAAGUCCUUACCACCUGCCUAUACACCCGGGAAGGACAUAUACAAAAGUCUGGAUGCUGUAUCGUUAAUGAGUCUUUAUACACCUAAAGACGGCGUGAAAGUCGCAUGCACUGUCAUACAAUGCCCAGAAAAAAGCACUUCAUCAGAUGGCAGCCCCAGUGGUGACAGCAGCACCAACAGUCCGAGCCAACCACAAGUUCCAGGGGUUCCCCCAGUCGAAGGCACCGGUGGCGGCAGCAGUGGUGGUAACGGUGAGGAUGAUGGCGACGGUGAGAAGGAUGAAGAAAAUGGCAGGACGUUAAAGGAAGCAAAUGCCGAGGGUUCAACACCAGUUACAGCAUCAGCAGUAACAGCAGGAGUAGGAGGAGGGGCAGCACUACCAGCAGCAGCAAUGGGAGAAGGAAGAGGAGGAGGAGUUAGGGGAGGAAUGACAGUUCGUCGACUAGAUGGAGAAGGAACACAAGAAGAGCCUUUUAAUGCUCUUGUUUGUCUCUUCCACCCGAAGACACUCACGAAAGAUACUCCUCCUUUCCAGUAA